GCCCUAGGCAUCGCCUAUCACAGUCUUGGAGAUUUCCAGAAAGCCAUAGAGUACCAUGAACGACACCUCAAAAUUUCGAAAGAAGUGGGAGACAGGGCAGCAGAAGGAAUAGCGUACUGUAAUCUUGGCAUCGCCUACAAAAAUCUUGGAUAUUUUCAGAAAGCCAUAGAGUACCAUGAACAACAUCUCAAAAUUUCGAAAGAAGUAGGAGACAGGGCAGGAGAAGGAACAGCGUACUGUAAUCUUGGCAACGCCUAUAACAUGCUUGGAGAUUUCCACAAAGCCAUAGAGUACCAUGAACGAGACCUCAAAAUUUCGAACGAAGUGGGAGACAGGGCAGCAGAAGGAAAAGCGUACUGUAAUCUUGGCUGCGCCUAUUACAGUCUUGGAGAUUUCCACAAAGCCAUAGAGUACCAUGAACGAUACCUCAAAAUUUCGAAAGAAGUGGGAGACAGGGCAGGAGAAGGAAAAGCGUACGGUAAUCUCGGCGACGCCCAUGACAGGCUUGGAGAUUUCAAGAAAGCCAUAGAGUACCAUGAACGAUACCUCAAAAUUUCGAAAGAAGUGGGAGACAGGACAGGAGAUGGAAGAGCGUACUGUAAUCUUGGCAUCGCCUAUCGCAGUCUUGGAAAUUUCCAGAAAGCCAUAGAGUACCAUGAACGAGACCUCAAAUUUUCGAAAGAAGUGGGAGAGAGGGCAGGAGAAGGAAGAGCGUACUGUAAUCUUGGUAUCGCCUAUCGCAGUCUUGGAAAUUUCCAGAAAGCCAUAGAGUACCAUGAACGACACCUCAAAUUUUCGAAAGAAGUGGGAGAGAGGGCAGGAGAAGGAAGAGCGUACUGUAAUCUUGGUAUCGCCUAUUGCAGUCUUGGAAAUUUCCAGAAAGCCAUAGAGUACUAUGAAGGAUACCUCAAAUUUUCGAAAGAAGUGGGAGACAGGGCAGAAGAAGGAAUAGCGUACUGCAAUCUUGGCUGCGCCUAUUACAGUCUUGGAGAUUUCCAGAAAGCCAUAGAGUACCAUGAACGAGACCUCAAAAUUUCGAACGAAGUGGGAGACAGGGCAGCAGAAGGAAAAGCGUACUGUAAUCUUGGCUGCGCCUAUGACAGUCUUGGAGAUUUCCAGAAAGCCAUAGAGUACUACGAACGAGACCUCAAAAUUUCGAAAGAAGUGGGAGACAGGGCAGCAGAGGGAAUAGCGUACUGUAAUAUUGCUAACGCCUAUGACAGUCUUGGAGAUUUCCAGAAAGCCAUAGAGUACUAUGAACGACACCUCAAAAUUUCGAAAGAAGUGGGAGACAGGGCGGGAGAAGGAAAAGCGUACGGUAAUCUUGGCGACACCUAUCACAGGCUUGGAGAUUUCCAGAAAGCCAUAGAGUACUAUGAACGACACCUCAAAAUUUCGAAAGAAGUGGGAGACAGGGCAGAAGAAGGAAAAACGUACGGUAAUCUUGGCAUCACCUAUCACAGGCUUGAAGAUUUCCAGAAAGCCAUAGAGUACAAUGAACGACACCUCAAAAUUUCGAAAGAAGUGGGAGACAGGGCAGAAGAAGAAAAAGCGUACCGUAAUCUUGGCCACGCCUAUCACAGUCUUGGAGAUUUCCAGAAAGCCAUAGAGUACCAUGAACGACACCUCAAAAUUUCGAAAGAAGUGGGAGACAGGGCAGGAGAAAGAAAAGCGUACGGUAAUCUUGGCAACGCCUAUGAUAGUCUUGGAGAUUUCCAGAAAGCCAUAGAGUACCAUGAACGAGACCACAAAAUUUCGAAAGAAGUGGGAGACUGGGCGGGAGAAGGAAAAGCGUACUGUAAUCUUGGCAACGCCUAUCACAGUCUUGGAGAUUUCCACAAAGCCAGAGAGUACCAUGAACGACACCUCAAAAUUUCCAAAGAAGUGGGAGACAGGGCAGGAGAAGGAAUAGCGUACGGUAAUCUUGGCAACGCCUAUCACAGUCUUGGAGAUUUCCACAAAGCCAGAGAGUACCAUGAACGACACCUCAAAAUUUCGAAAGAAGUGGGAGACAGGGCAGGAGAAGGAAGAGCGUACGGUAAUCUUGGCAAGGCCUAUCGCAAUCUUGGAGAUUUCCAGAAAGCCAUAAAGUACCAUGAACGAGACCUCAAAAUUUCGAAAGAAGUGGGAGACAGGGCAGGAGUAGGAAACGCGUACUGUAGUCUUGGCAACGCCUAUUGCAGCCUUGGAGAUUUCCAGAAAGCCAUAGAGUACCAUGAACGAGACCUCAAAAUUUCGAAAGAAGUGAGAGACAGAGCAGGAGAAGGAACAGCGAACUGUAAUCUUGGCAACGCCUAUUGCAGCCUUGGAGAUUUCCAGAAAGCCAUAGUGUACCAUGAACGACACCUCAACAUUUCGAAAGAAGUGGGAGAUAAGGUAGGAGAAGGAAAAGCGUACUCUAAUCUUGGCAACUACUUUCGAUUAACGUACGGCAUCGCCUAUGACAGUCUUGGAGAUAUCCAGAUAGCCAUAGAACACGAUGAAAGAGACCUCAAAAUUUCGAAAGAAUUGGGAGACAGGGCAGGAGAAGGAAGAGCGUACGGUAAUCUUGGCACCGACUAUUACAUUCUUGGAGAUUUCCGGAAAGCCAUAGAGUACUAUGAACGACACCUCAAAAUUUCGAAAGAAGUGGGAGACAGGGCAAGAGAAGGAAAAGCGUACGGUAAUCUUGGCAACGCCUAUCACAGUCUUGGAGAUUUCCCGAAAGCCAUAGAGUACCAAGAACGACACCUCAAAAUUUCGAAAGAAGUUGGAGACAGGGCAGGAGAAGGAAAAGCGUACGGUUUUCUUGGCAAAGCCUAUUACGGGCUUGGAGAUUUUCAGAAAGCCGUUCAGUGUUAUAAGAACAGUGUUAUAGCCUUCGACCACAUUAGGAGAAAUCUCAUAUCUAACGACGAAUGGAAGAUUAACCUGAAAAGUACGUAUGAUCAUAUUAAUUUGAGGCUGUUGGAGCUGCAGUUGAAGGAUGGUAAAGUCAUUGAGGCACUUUUAACUGCUGAUCAAGGACGUGCACGAGCCUUAAAUGAUCUUCUGGAGUUCAAGUAUGGCCUUAAUGAGUUACGCCCAGAAAUAGGAACACUUUCUGCAAGACCAAGUGACUUUGCUAGUUACUUACCACCAAAUACAGUUUUCAUGGGUAUCAGCGAGGGAGGAAUAGUUUUCUGGGUGAAUGAGAAAGGAAACGAAAUCAAAACUAGAAGAAGUGAGAUUGAUAUGUCCGUCACAACCUAUUUUCAGUCUCUACUGGAGGCUACACAUAAAGAAAUACGUGUAAGAGCUGAUGUUAAUUGUGAAGAUCGGUCAUUAAGUAACCCAAGCGAUAAAAAGUUAGCAGUUGAAAGAUCCAGUAAGCUAAAGUCUCAGCCAUGUGUUGAGUCAAAGUCAUUACAAACAUUGUACAAUGUUGUCAUAGACCCUAUAAGUGACUUACUCCAGGGCGAUGAGGUUGUGAUUGUUCCAGAAGGACCUCUGUGUUUGGCGCCUUAUGCUGCUUUCUUGGACUUGAAAUCAAAGUACCUCUGUGAAACUUUCAGAAUUCGUCUGCUUCCCUCACUUUCUAGCCUUCGAUUAAUCCAAGACUGUCCAGCAGAUUGGCACAGGAACACUGGCGCCCUUCUCGUCGGCGAUCCGUGGGUACAGGAGGUACGUUAUCCCGGGGCAAAGCUAGGGCAGUUAGAGGGGGCCAAAAAGGAAGUGCAAAUGAUCGGGAAAAUACUUCAAACUGCACCUCUCGUUGGACAGCAUGCAACAAAAGAUGAAGUUUUAAGACGUAUUUCCUCGGUUGCUGUGGUGCACAUUGCUGCUCACGGUGAAAUGGAAACAGGAGAAAUUGCCUUGGCCCCAAACCCAACACGUUCAUCCCAGAUUCCAGUCAAAGAAGACUAUCUCUUAACUAUGAAGGAUGUUUUAAAGGCGCAGAUUAGGGCAAGACUUGUUGUACUCAGUUGCUGUCAUAGUGCUCGCGGAAAGGUCAGAUCUGAGGGCGUGGUCGGUAUUGCACGGGCAUUUUUGGGUGCUGGUGCUCGUUCUGUUCUGGUCUCCCUAUGGGCGAUUGACGACGAGGCUACGAUGGAGUUUAUGGAAUUUUUCUACCGACAACUAGUCAAUGGAAGAAGUGCCAGUGAGGCUCUAAAUAAAGCCAUGAAAUCCAUGAGAGAAUCUGACCGCUUUAGUGCAGUGAAGUACUGGGCACCGUUUGUUCUCAUUGGUGACGACGUGACGCUUGAGUUUGAUGGCAUCAAAUAA